UCCAUGUCCAGCUUGUUCUCUAGCGAUUUGUUGGUUUCUUCCGGGGUGCGGUCGUGCUAGGACGGACGAAUUUUAAACAGCUGCAAUGUCUUUUGCCGUAGAUUCUUCUUCUUGCUUUCUUCUUCUUUUUUAUUUUCGGAUAUGAGGUUCUUGCUUUGAAAAGGUCAGUAGGGAAAGUUGGUGGCUCUUGAUCUGGGCAUUUCGGGAGCUGCGUGAGGAUGGCUCAGGGACCGAACUUGAGGUUGGUCCAUUGCCCGAAAUGCGCGAGUCUGCUGCAAGAACUCCAUGGCUGCUCCUUGUUCAGGUGCGGCGCUUGUGGCGCUGUUCUCAGAGCUAAGAAGAGAGAGCCCGCUGGUGAUGGUGGGAAUUCAGCGGAGACGAGGGAGAGCAUCGGCGCUGCUCGUGAGCAGGAGAGGGGGAUUCACGAUAGGAAUGUGAAAAACGAGAGGCUUCCGAGUUCUGGAGCCGGAACUGAUGUUUCAGUAAGCAAUUCUGCAAUGGACAAGAGAGAGGAAUCUGCUCCCGCUCGUAGAGAUAGUGCGAGUGAUGAAAGUGCCGGUUUAAGGCUGGAUAGGAGAAGAGCCAAAGAGGAAACUGCGUAUGCCUUCGAUCACAAGCGAUACGCGGAAGACCGGGGAAACAGAUUCAUGGAAAGACGUUUCGGAGAAAGCUCUGCUCGGUCUAAGAAGGUUCUGGAUUUGGCGAGCUCGCGGGCUGAGAGAGGAAGGUGGAGUUUUGCCGGAGACCAUCUGGAAGUGUUCUUAAGGGACUCCAGGAUUGUCACUGAGCACGAGAUGACUCGCUGGUACCGGUAUCCCGAAGAGGGGACUCCCGACAACUACAGAUCUCCCUCUUUUGGUGGGUACGGUGAGUUUUUAGGCCGCCAUUCUGAUAUAACUGACCGUGACAGAGUUAGAGAGUUGGAGCGCAGGCGGGUCGAGCUUCUCAGGAAGUUGGAUGAGUUGGCGAAUCAAAUGAAUCGAUCGGGUGACAUAGCCAAUAAAUCCGGGGCCGGAGAAACAGUUCCUCGCCAUAAAAGAAUAGCUUCCGGUGAUCCUUACUAUGCUCAUGCUGGCUAUGGCGUCCUGGAUGAACCGCUCAUCCGUGACAGUCCCAUCGGCAAGCCUCCCGACACGAAGCAAGGCCACGAAUCCGCCCAUUCUAUGGAGAGCUACGAGAUGGAAAUGUCGGCCUUCUAUUUUUCUCCUUGGGAUGGCCAGUUAAAUCUUCUCGAGGACCAUCGACGCUCGUUUUCGCCCGGAACCGUGAGGCCUUUCCAUCGAUAUGCACACGAACCGCCCCCUGGACACCUCUCGGACGGGUACCUGGGUUUUGACAGAGAUCUUCCAGUCAUGUAUCCAAACCGAUCCCCUCGUCACCAUCCUUCGUGCGCUUGUUCAAGAUGUUGUUACAAGUACGAGCGAGUUCCUCCUCCACGAUUCUCACCUAAUGCAUCAAGCUCAUCGAAAACUUUCGAAGCUCGAUUGAACUCCAAUCUCUACCACCGAGUCAAUCCUGUCAAGAUCAGGCCACAAGAUGCUAGACACUCAGGUGAUAGUACCUCUUCAUCCAAUUCUAAAUAUCUGCAUUCACUUCAAAUGUGGCAGGAGGACCCUGAUUUGGACAUUGAAAAUUUCGUUCAGUCUCGACCAAAGACGUCGACGGUCUCUCGCCAGAACAAGAAGCGUUGCCAUCCCAUUGCGGGUGCUGCGCCUUUUAUGACGUGCUUAAACUGCUUGGAGUUGCUGAAGUUGCCUAAGGAGCUGAUCAUAAAGGAGAAACGUGAUAAGCAAAAACUAAGAUGCGGUGGGUGUUCAGCUAUAAUCUUGUUCAAGAUCGAAAAUAAGAAGCUUGUCACUUCUAUGGAGAAGGGAUCUGGUGGGGCUGCGAAAGAUGGCGGCGACGACAUUCAAAUUUCUUCCACUUGCUCUGAUGGCGGCAUAAACCCUGACACUCGUCCGAGUGCUAUAAGAACUUCCUCUGAUCCGUAUGACGGAUCUUUUAAGUUGAAAUUAACCGGAGACAAUGGAAUUUUGGAAGUGCAGCCACAGAAUAUUAGAGACUCUGGAAAGAUGCAGGGCCUACGUUCUCCAGCUUCUUCUUCGCCAUCUCUUCGGUCGAAGGAAGAAGAAUGUCUGGACAGUGCGAUUGCUCAAUGUGAUGCGCGAGCAGAAUGUAACACAUCUCCAAAACCACAAAAUUUACAAGUUUCAGAACAUUUUGACGAUCCAUCGACUAACGGAAAUGAGAACAGCAGGAUGAACCAAGAAGGUGUUUCUCUAGAGAAGAAUGACGCUUGCCGAAGUACUAGAGAAGAUGCUUCUGCAACAACAGAAGUUGAAGUUCCUCCAAAUGAGUAUCCGCUUACAGGACUAUCCCUCUCGGAAGUGCAGCCACAGAACGCUAGCGACUUUGGAAAGAUGCAGGGCCUCCAUUCUCCAGCUUCUUCUUCACCAUCUCUUCGUUCAGAGGAAGAAGAGAGUCUGGACAGUGUGAUUGCUUAUAGCAAUGUCUUAACUCGACCUGAAAAUGACACUUCUCCAGGACCACAAAAUUCACACGUUCCAAAACAUUUUGACAAUUCACCGUCUUACCAAAGUGAGGACAGCAGGAUUAAACUAGAGGGCGUUUCUACAGAGAAGAAAGAUGCUUGCCAAGGUACUAGCCAUGAUGCAUCAGUGACGGCAGAAGUCGAAGUUCCUCUCAAUGAGGAUCCCCAUACAGGACUAUCCCAAGACUCUACAGAUACCAGCAAAGAGGCCAAAGAGAAGGUGCACAAAAGAAGUAAAUCUUUUCUUGCAGGCCUUAUAAAGAGCUAUGGAGAGUCCCAAAACCUGGAGAAUGAAAAGCCUAAAGUAACAGUCAACGGGCAUCUGAUUCCGGACAGCGUCGUCAAAAGGGCCGAAAAGCUCGCCGGUCCUGUUCUUCCUGGAGAUUACUGGUACGAUUUCCAAGCCGGGUUUUGGGGCGUCAUGAACCAACCUUGCCUCGGCAUAAUUCCACCGUUUAUCGAAGAGUUCAGACAUCCCAUGCCAGCAGAUUGUGCGGCUGGGAACACGGGCAUCUUCAUAAACGGGAGAGAGCUGAAUCAGAGAGAUCUCGAUUUACUUGCUAGCAGAGGACUACCGAGAACAAGAAACAGGUUUUAUGCUAUUGACAUCUCCGGGAUAGUCCUGGAUGAGAAAACUCGUGAAGCGCUGUACAACCUUGGAAAACUCGCCCCAACGGUCGAGAGAGUGCAGUGUGGAUUCGGCAUGCGAGUUCCAGAAGAAGCGUGAACAGUCUCAAGAAUUGUCGGUCGUCGCCUAUGUUUUUGUGCAGCUGCCAAGGUCGAGCUUCUCUUUUUCGAUCUUGUUUUGCACUUUGCUUAGUGAAGUUUCAGCAUUAGAGUCUCCAUCUCAAUAGCUUGAGUCGCGAGCUGCGAUAGAGCUUCUUGAGAAGAUGAUGACGACUCGACUACAGUAUUUCACUUUCGACUGUGUGUUCAUCACGUUAGAAGGCGCCUUCAUUGCCUUUGGGCGAUGCAAAGCGACGGACGUUGAUUGUAAAAUCUACUCCCAUGAUACUGUAUAUCCUCAUUCCUUUUUUCCUGGUCAUCAAGAUCGAUUUUCUUGUGUUUUCAA